CCUUUUCAUAGCUUUGUGGAUGGAUUGAGUUGCGCUCGCUGUCACCAUUUGCGCCGAAUUCCUUGCCCUUUACAGUAAUCAUGAACCGACCUCGAGGCGCUUCACUUUCAUUUAUGUUGGCACUUUUGUUCAUUGACGGCGUGCAUGUGGUCAAUGGAAGCUUUUUCUCUCGCAUACUACAGCCCACGAAGAAAGAGGGGGAAGAGGGAGGUAAGACGGAAGCUCCAUCCAAAGCCACAAGUUCCAUGGGUUCAGAGGCUCAGGUAGGGAGCAUUAUUAGCUUCUCCGAUGGUCUACCUUUCGCCACUCUUGCCAACAACAACAAGAUUCCCUUAGUUGGAUACGGCGUUGGAAAUUUGCAACACGAAAUGAUUCCAGGGAUGGUAAUGGCCGCUAUUCAGGAUGACAAAAGAACUCGACUUAUUGACACGGCACAUGCCAGCAAUAAUGAGGAUUUAGUUGCAGAGGGGAUUAAUAGAGGGGUUGCGAAACUAAACAGAGAAGGGAAAGUAGAAGUCCACGUCGUGACUAAGGUAUGGUACACACAUUUAGGCUAUGGACGUACCAAGCUCUCUGUCGAGGAGUCGCUAAAGUCUUUGCAGACUGCUCUGGACAACGACAAGAUUGAUCUCAAGCUCCAUUUCCAACUCCAUUGGCCUCGCUGCUUUGACAGUAUCCCUUGGAUGAACUGCCAGCGAGAAGAACGCGAGCUUUCAGAUCAUGUCAAGGAUGCUGGACCUGAUCCAACGAAAGAUCCCGACAAUGCUUGGAAAGAGAGCUGGAAAUAUCUAGAGGAUUUGUAUCUAUCCGACAAGUAUCCAAUAGCCAGUAUUGGGGUCUCCAACUUUCAUCUACACGAUAUCGAAAUCAUGGAAAAUUUCGCGAGAAUACAUCCACAUAUUCUACAAGUCAACGUAUGGUCGCUACUCUACGACGCCUUGCUAGUUGAGUACUGUCACAAACACCGCAUUCACAUCCAAGUCUAUAACGCUAUACACGGUACUAUAUCUCAACCGGAGCGAGCUCCCAAGGCAUUUCAUCACAUCCAAAAGGUAGCCAGCGAAAUCUCCUCCGAACUCGAUCAGGACCUGACUGCCGCUCAGGUUAUUUUAGCAUGGCUUAUGCAACAUGGCGUUUCGGUUAUCCCACGAACGACUAACUCUGUACGGCUUACAGAAAACUCAGCUGUUGCUCUGUCAAGUAUCCCUGCAUUUUCGGAUCAUCAAGUGGAAACCAUAGCGCACGCAGUGGAAGCCUAUUUGAGUGGAGACGACCUUGAAGAAGACAUUCACGUUGCAGUUACCUUUCACGUUGUCAGCAAGGAUGUUGUUCUGUAUUGGAUGGGCCGAGAGGGUAGUGAAGUAAGGAUCGGGCAUUUAAAGGCUGGAGAGACAUUUACGGAUACAACAUAUCCCAACCACACAUUCCGGACCUAUGACGCGGCCAACAAGGACUAUUGGAUAGACCACGAGAUUUCCGCAAAAUUUGGGGACCACAAACAUAUCCAUGUUGAACUGUAAAUGGAAUUCGAUCAUGGAAAAUGGAACCUAAAGUGUGACCUGAUGUAGAUGAUUUGCGAAUAACUCUAAAUCGGCAAAGAGCUUACAAUUAAUCUUUAAAUACGUCGUC